GGAGCGCGACUCGGAGCGGGGCGGGGAAAGACGGGCUUGUCCUCAAUCUACAUAGCACCGGUGGUAUUCUACAAAGGUGGGGUGUGUCGUCACACCACCGACUUUUCCCUUCACAACUCAACCUGCACUCACGCCUCUCACGCCGCCCUUCACGCCGCCUUUCACGCCGCUUCCCACGCCACAACCACCACCACUACGAGUGACGAAACAACGGCAGCAAUGAACCGCCUCCUCACGACCCUAAAGCUAACGGGCACCUUCGCGCUCGGCGUGCUAACCGGCGUGCACUUUAAUUUCUCGCUGCAAACGCUGCGGACGCUUCUCGCGCUCAACUCUGCCUCACAAGCCCGCCGCGCAUUCACAAUAUCCCUGGGCCUCCUGCGGUCGACGGUGCGGCCGCUGGAGCUCAUCGCGGCAGCGUCGCUACUGACCGCGUGGCUGCUCUCGCCGCGCGGGGGGAAGCAUCCGUACCUCCUACUGGCGACGCUGCCGGUUGCCGCUGCGGUGGGCGUUGAGAGGUUGAAGCUGGUCGGGGUGGAGUAUGGAGUUCAGACACUUGGUGAGGGGGAGGUGAAAGAAGGGGAGAGGGAUGGGGUAAAGGGAGAGGCGGAGGUUAAUGGUGAGGCCGUGCAGGGCGGCAUGGAGGCGUGGAAGCAGUGGGGGUUGGUUAGGGGCGGGAUUGUCGGUGUGGGCUUUGGGAUCGCGUUGGUGGGGGUUUAUGGGGAUUUUAUGUAGUACGGAGGGCGGAAUUGCUGGCGGAGAGGAUUGACGGUGAUGAGCGAGGCUGUGGUGCUCAGGCUUCUACUCUACUCUACUGCUUGCUCCCCCACCGUGCUCAUUGUCUCCCGCACGUAGAAAAUCAAUGGGCGGUCGUUGCCCGUCGUUGCACGUCGU